AUUAUCCCUACACUCAAACAUUAUAUUUCAAGCAUAUAUCUUUCACAAAUUCAGUAAAAGAAAAAAAUGGCUCCCAUAGUCUCAAAAAUUGGCAUAAUCGGAGCUGGUGUUAGCGGCUUAGCAGCUGCUAAACAAGUAUCCCACCACAACCCCAUAGUUUUUGAGGCAACUGACUCCAUUGGAGGGGUCUGGAGGCAUUGUUCUUACAGUUCCACAAAACUUCAGUCCUCUCGUUGUGAUUAUGAGUUUUCAGAUUUUCCUUGGCCUGACAGGGAUAACACCAGUUUCCCAUCUCAUACUGAGAUAUUGGAGUAUCUGCACUCCUAUGCUAACCACUUUGAUGUGCUCAAGUUUGUGAGGUUCAACUCAAAGGUGGUGGAGAUCAAGUUUGUUAAUGACGGCCAGGAAGCGACCGAUUUCAGUGGGAAACCGGGGAGCCUCUUGCCCGGACACCCAGUUUGGGAGGUUGCUGUGCAAACCAACGAUUCAGACUCCGUUCAGUGGUACGCCUUCGAGUUCAUUGUGGUAUGCAUUGGGAAAUAUGGGGAUCUCCCUAGAAUUCCUGAAUUUCCAUACAACAGAGGCCCUGAGAUAUUUCAGGGUGAAGUCUUGCAUGCCCUUGAUUACUGCAAACUCGACAAGGAAUCUGCUUCAAAUCUACUCCAAGGGAAGAAAGUUGCAGUCAUUGGAUACAAGAAAUCAGCUAUUGAUUUAGCACUAGAGUGCGCAGAGGCGAACCAAGGACCAGAAGGGCAACCAUGCACCAUGGUGGUAAGGACUUUACACUGGACAGUUCCCCAUUACUGGGUUUGGGGUUUGCCAUUUUACAUGUUCUACUCAACAAGAACUUCUCAAUUUCUCCAUGAAAGACCUAAUCAAAGCCUUCUCAGAACCCUUCUUUGCCUUCUUUUAUCUCCAAUGAGGCAUGGAGUAUCCAAAUUCAUCGAGUCGUAUCUCCUGUGGAAACUUCCUCUGCAAAAGUAUGGAUUGAAACCAGACCACCCUUUCGAGGAAGACUACGCUUCUUGUCAGAUGGCUAUCAUGCCAGAGAAUUUCUUCUCUGAGGCUGAUAAGGGAAAGAUUGUCUUCAAAAGAGCAUCAAAGUGGUGGUUCUCCAAGGAAGGAAUUGAAUUUGAUGAUGACACUAAAGUGGAUGCUGAUGUUGUAGUUCUUGCAACUGGUUAUGAUGGGAAGAAAAAGCUCAAAGCUAUCUUACCUGACCCUUUCCGUAGUUUGCUGGAAUAUCCUUCAGGUGUCAUGCCCUUAUACAGGGGUACAAUCCAUCCAUUGAUUCCAAAUAUGGCUUUUGUGGGUUACCUUGAGAGUGUUUCAAACCUUCACUCUUCAGAGCUGCGUUCCAUAUGGCUAGCUCGCCUUUUAGAUGACAAAUUUAAGCUCCCUAGUGUUGAGAAGAUGAUUGAACAGGCAACAAAAGAAAUGGAAGUCUCGAAGAAGACAACAAGGUUCUAUAAGAGGCACUGCAUUUCUACCUUUAGCAUUAAUCACAGUGAUGAAAUAUGCGAGGAGAUGGGAUGGACUUCUUGGAGGAAGAAGAAUUGGCUUUCAGAAGCAUUUAGCCCCUAUGGUAGUCAAGACUAUGACAAGGAGAAUUGAAGUUAAUAUAAGCACAUUAAUGUCCUUUCAUUACUUCCAUAUGAUCUUAGAGGUUUCUAGUGUAAUUUAUCUUAUAAGCGUCCAAGGAAAGUAAUCAAACAUCAUAUCUAUAUGUAUACAUAGCGUGUGAAGAAUAGGAUUGAAGAUGAUCUCUAUGUUUCAAUAAAAGUACUUUUACAUUGUCUAGAAAUUUGUGAUAUAGUAAACCAAUAGCAAGGGUUAGACUACAGGAAUGGUAGGCUAGCUUCUGGUUUUAUUAACUGCAUUUCUCCACCUUAAUUAAUGAAUUAUGAGUUUAUAAUA